AUGAAGCCGUCCGUCGUGCUCCUCGCCGCCGCCGCCCUCUUGUGCCCGCAAUCUCUGGCGGCCGCCGCCCAGCCCGCAGACUCGCCGGCCGACGCCUGGUGGAUCGACGAGCAGGCCUUCGAGGCCGCCGUUGUGGCCACGACGGACCUCUACCGGCGCGAGCACGGCGCCGGCCUCGUGCGCUGGAACGCGACGCUGGCCGCCUUCGCCGCGUGGUACGUUGGCAACUACAACUGCGCCUUCCGGCACUCGGGCGGCCCCUACGGCGAGAACAUGGCCCACGGCUACGCGACGCCCGCCGCCAGCGUCGCCGAGUGGGGGAACGAGCGCCUGCAGUACGACUACGGCCACCCGGGCUACUCGUCUGCCACGGGCCACUUUACGCAGCUCGUCUGGAAGGGCACCACCGACGUCGGGUGCGCUCGCAGGUGGUGCGGCGGCGCCAUGAACUGGCUCCUCGCCUGCGAGUAUUGGCCGCGGGGGAACGUGCUGGGCAGCUUUGAACAGAAUGUGGGCAGGCGAGUGCGAUGA